AUGUCCGGCUGCGAUUCUGGUGAAGGAUCAUCUCAGUGUGGUCCUUCUGAAUAUGAAUGGGAAUUAUGUCGUGAAAAUGUGAAACCACUAAAGUCAGGGCGUCGAGUUGAAGUGAUAAAUCAAGCACUUGCUCACACAGCUUAUGGCCAAAAAGCGGAAACGUUAGCAAAUCAGAAGUUUGAUGAAUUUAUGGAGCUUUGUGAAGCAUCAGACGAUCCUCUUAAGCAUUGCCUCGAUUUCUGUACAUGGUUUGAGCAAAAUUUUCCACAUGGUCGACAACGACUCUUCUAUUCAUUGCUCUGGAAAAUUGUACACAAAUAUGCGAAGUGGUCAGAUUAUCUCGAAGACGAAAGGAUGGUGCGAAUUUGGGAAAAAUUGGCGGACAACAGCCUUGGUCAUGGUUGGGAGAUCUAUCAGCAUGCCAACAAUAUUGGUUCUUUACUCAGAUGCGCACAAUUAUACAUUCGAUGGGCUGAAGAUCUUGAAAUGCGUGGUGCAAUCACAGACGCCAGAGCAGUACUUCGUCUUGCACGAAAACACGGGGCAUUGCCAGCAGAGGCGAUUGACAAUGAAGAGGAUCAACUGGAAAUGCGUGAAAUGCGACGCCAUCUGGAAGACAACGGAAAUGGUGACGACUCCUGGAAUGAAGAGGAGUAUGACGAGAACGGCGAAAGAGUGGCAUUUACACGGCUCACGGCGAUGGGUGAUUCUUCGGCAGCACCCGUUGUUAGAUUACCUUGCAUUGUGGGAGAACAGGGCAGCAGCAAGUUAGACAGAGGCCAAAAGAAACAGAACUCCACGAAUAACGGCGUGCCUGCGUUUCAGGUGUUCGAAGACGAAGGAGAUGUCGCAGAAACUUAUCUGGAAGGAAUUUAUGAAGUCAACAAUCACAUAGAACGGUUCUCUUUAAAUGACCAAGAUGCAGAAAAGUGGAAAGCGAGCAAGGUUCCUCUGAAGAAACUGAACAAUUGUGUAAGCAGCUUUGUGGUCUAUCAGGAUGAUGACAACAAGGAGAAUAAAGACCCACAAACGGGUAAAGAGGUCAAAAAACCCGUACUGAAGCUCCGAAAAUGUCUUAUAAGAGAUAUGUCGGUUGAAGAAAACCUUGCCAGAAUGUACGAGAGCAAGGAAGUUAACCAGGAAGCUAAAGGAGUGGCUCGAAGGAUCAACUUUGAUGAUGACGAUGAUGAAUAG